AUGAGGGGCGGAUGGACGUCGAGCGAACUCAUCCGGUCAUCCCGAGGAAUGGCACAAGGUAACGGUUCGCGAAAGUACAACCCUUUCCUGGCCAGCAAGGCGAUGAAGUUGAAGUUGUCUGGUCAGGUGAGUAGGGAAAUUAGCGAGAGGAGACAGGUGGGCGAUGCGGCGGAUAUGUUUGCCGAUAAGGCGAGUAGCGAUGGGGAGAAGCCUUGGUGGAGGAAUGUAGGUAUGGAAGAAGGCAUGUGA